AUGACUGGCCGCGGCAAGGGAGGCAAGGGACUUGGAAAGGGAGGAGCCAAGCGUAUCCGUAAGGUUCUGGGUGACAACAUCCAGGUCAUCACCAAGCCCGCUAUCCGUCGGUUGGCUCAUCUACGAGGUCUCAUCUACGAGGAGACUCGUGGGGUGCUAAAGGUGUUCAUCGAGAACGUCAUCAAGGAUGCCGUCACCUACACCGAGCACGCCAAGCGCAAGACCGUCACUACCAUGGAUGUCGUCUACAUCCUAAAGGGUCAGGGACAUGCCCUCUACGGAUUUGGCGGUUAA